AUGGCCUUCAUCUGCAACUGUUGGAGUAUCACCAACACUGUCAAGCAGACUAGCACUCCUGACCUCUCCCCAUGGAAAAUUGUCAGAGCUGUGUCGGGGAAUGACUCUUUCCCCCUUGGUGAGACACAAGAGCUCUGCAGCCGUUUGGAACAGACAUACAACCAACAGUGGACCAUGAACUACAGCAAAUAUGACAAUGUCACAAGGGCUGUGAAGGCUUUGCUGGAUAGUAUGAAGGACCACCGUGCCUGGUACACCUGGGGGGUUGGGAGUGAAAAGGAAGCCACCACAGUGACAGAUAGCACACAAUUGAGAUGGAGCAAUCUACAGGCGGCUAUGCGAAGGAAAUUACACAGAAAAUCUGAUGUCUUCAACUAUGGGGAUGUGGUAGACUCACUAUACCCGUCCACCUCGGAAUUUGAACCUGACCUUCAAUGGGAUCUCAACCUGGCCGUGGACGUGAUACGCCGAGACGGUAUCACGGUAACGGUCGCACAAGUGUGA